AUGGAUGACGACACUAUCGAUAAAUUUUCCAGUCAAUCUGUUUAUGAUCAUGAUGGUUGUGAAAAGACACCACUUUAUGCCAAAAAUAACAAUGAAAAAGCUCUACUUAAAUUAAUUGUAGGUUUUUGUAUGGUAUUUUGCAUUGGAUUAUUAAUUAUUUUAUUAAUUCACAUUCAUUAUGGAUCACAUCAGUUAGUACCUCAUGGAAAUGUAGCAAGUGAUAAUGAUCAAUGCUCUCAACACGGAAUUGACGUGCUCAAAAUGGGCGGUAAUGCAGUUGAUGCAGCAAUUACUGCUGCAUUAUGCAACUCUGUAGUACUCCCUCAUCUUUCAGGAUUAGGAGGAAGUGGUGUUAUGGUGGUGUAUGAUCAUCGAACUGGUAUAGGAAAUACAAUUGAUUUUAGAGCUACACAUAGUUCCCAUAAUAUUAUCGGAGUACCAGGUUUUAUAGCAGGAUUGUUUUAUGCUAAUGUAAAAUAUGGAAUUCUUCCUUGGAAGACACUAGUUGAACCUUCCAUAAACCUAGCAAAGAUGGGCAUAACUGUUACCAAAAGUUUACUUGAAGCAACUCAUCAGAAUACCACUAUGUUAGUGAAAGAUGAUAACCUUAAACAUUGGUUAUCCACAGUAUCAACUAGAUCACCUGGUCAAAUAGUUAAAGCACCAAAUGGUCUUAUAAAAACUCUUACCUCAAUAUCUUUAAAUGGACCCAUUGAAUUUUACAAAGAAAUGUCUAAAGAAUUGGAGUCUACCUUAAAGCCAGAUGAUGUAAUUAGCUACCAACCGCUUAUUUUACCAGUAUUAAAACAAAAUUUUAUGAACUAUUGCAUUAUAACUUCAAAUAAUGGUACCGGAGGACCAAUUUUACUGGAAGUAUUAAGUAAAAUCAAUAAUACUAAUACAAAUGUUGAAGAUCUAUCAUUAUUGAAUAGCUUUAAAAGAGAUAAUUGGAAUCAAAAUUCAGGAUUACAAGUUUCUACUACAGAUGCUUUUGAUCUUUAUGUAACUAUUAUAAGUGGUCUUGGUUCUGUUUUUGGAUCCCAUAUUUUAACUAAUUCUGGUUAUAUUUUGAAUAAUAUUUUGGAUUCAAAUCUUAAAGAUCAUAUAAUAAAUCAAACAGAACGAGUGACAUCAUUGCAUUUACCAGUUAUUGCUGUAGAAACAGGAAAUAUAUGUGGAAGAAGAUUAAUCUCAGGUGCUGCUGAUGUACGUGAUGGUACUCAAUUACUUUUAUCAAUGUUAAAAACAGAUCCCCAAGACAUAUUGAGUGUUAAUAAUAUUCCUCGUUUUCGUUUAAAAAAUAAUGAUGUUGCAAUUGAAUAUCCAAGUAAUAUAACUAAACAAUUUUCAGAAUUAUUAUUAAGUAAUGGAUUUAAUUUAUCUGAAGCAACUUUGCCUUAUCCUACUUCUAAUAUAGUACAAAAAGAGGGAGAUAGAUCUGUUGCUUUCUCUGAUUCUCGUGGAUCUGGGAAAUCUUAUACUUUAUAG